CUUGCUGCAUUGUCGGAAAUUCUGUGCCGAAAGAUGGAACCUGGAAACAGAAUGUCGCAUAUCCAAUGUCCAGAUGAGUGUUGCAUCUCUACUGGGAAAUGAAUUUCCCUUGAUCACGGAUGCGGUGUUUGCAUAUCUUACUGAAUGCAAUGUUGCUCAGAGAUUGUGAGACGAUGUGAUGUUGUGAUGUCAAACAUGUGACUUUGGCGAACUACUUAGAGUGAGUGUUAUCGACGACAAUUGCUCUCUAUUGACUGUUUUUGCAGUGUAUUUCGAUUAUAGUUAGUUUUCACCCCAAAGUAGUUCUUUCAGAAUCUAUCGUAUUUAGACCACCUCUCUUGGUCUAUGUAGCCUAGUUGAAACCUCAGUAGUGUAACCAUCAGGAUGCCACAACUAUGGCUGAAAACUAACCACUUCUGUCUUCUGCAGAAAUCUUCAUCGCUACAUCCUCCCAAAGCAAGUUCACACCACGGCUAUACCUAUCCUAAAUCCGUAACCCUGCUUAGUCACCCUGCUUAGUUCCCUUUACCCACAAAGAAGAAGAGAAGAAGAAGAAAGACUGUCAUCAAAAGAAGUUGGACGCAAGAGCCAAGUUGCUACGCGCCCUAACCCACAACAACAACAACAACAACGUUCAUGUUGGAAACUCAUUCCAUUUCAACUAUGAUGAAGAAGAAAGGCAAGAAAUCCAUCCUUCCUAAAUCAAAGAAAUCUCAGAGCUCUGGGAAAGCCAAGCAUGGGCGUCCGCCUGGCGGCGCCCCACGGCGGCCGGGCGGCGCGGCGAAGGGCGGCGGCCGGCGGCAGCGGCGCGCGCCGGCGGACGGUGCUGACGACGAGCUGCAGCAGCGUCAGCAGCGGAUCGAGGAGCUGCGCCGCUCACUGGGCAUGCCGGCCCGCGCGGCACGCGCCGGCGCCGAGCGGCCAGGAGGACCAGACGCUCCCUCCGAUGAAGUGGACACGGAGGGCCUGGAGCACCUGCUAAAGGCUGCCAAACGCGGUCACAUCUCUCUAAUGGAGGACGAGGACAGCGGCGAGGAGGGAGCGGCGGACGGUGCCGGGCCGGGCCGGAGGAAGCGGCCGCGCGCCGAGGACUCCUCCUCCUCAGAGGACGAGGACGAGGAGCGCGAGUAUGAGCAGGAGCCGCGCUCCUUCCCCGUCGUCCGCGACCUGCUGCCCAUCAAAACCAAGGUCGGCGUCGUCAAACGCAAGAUGCUCGUCAAAACUCCCGAGGACCCGGACCGUCCUCAGGAGGAGGAGCAGGACGCUCAGGAGGAGGGGGAGGAGGACACCCAGGCCGCUCCUCCGCCGCCGGCUGACGCUACCCGCAGCGUGGCCGAAAUCUACGCCGAGCGCAGGGCAAAGAUCGACGCGGCAAAGCUGCGCAUCGGACUGCUGUCACGUGCCCUGCUGGAGACGCCUCAGGAGAAGUUCGACAACCUGUACCGUCUGCUGGACCUGCUCGCGGAGCGCGACCCGGCGGUGAUGGUGACGGUGCGGAAGUACGCGGCCGCCUCGCUGCUGGAGGUGUUCAAGGACCUGCUGCCCGGCUACCGACUCCAGGAGCACGACCUCACGCAGAAGCUGAAGAAAGAGACGAUCGCCACGUACAAGUACGAGAACGCGCUCAUUAACUCGUACAAAAAGUACCUCAUCAAGCUGGAGGAGUACACCAAGGCGCUCGGCUCCGAUCAGACGCCACUCAAGGGCCUUGCGAUGUUCUGCCUGGACUGCAUGUGCCAGUGUCUGGUGCGGUUCCGCGACUUCAACUUCGCGUCGAACCUGGUGGGCGCACUGGUGCCGCACACCUCCCACCGGGACGAGGCGGUGCGCGCGGCGGUAUCGGCAGCCAUCCGGACAGUGUUUGCCGAGGACCGGUCGGCAGAGCGGACGCUGGAGAUUGUCCGUAAGCUCAGCCAACUGAUCAAGGCCAAGCAGUUCGACUGCCGACGCGACAUCACCGAUCUGUUCCUGGCGCUGCGCAUCAAGAACGUCGACCUGGACCGGGAGCGGGACGCAGACGCCAAGGCCAAGAAGUUCAUGAACUUCAAGGAGAAGCUGAAGGCCAUGUCCCGCAAGGAGCGGAAGCGCUCCAAGAAGCUGGAGGCCCUGGAGCGCGAGCUGAUGGCCACGCGGGCCGAGGAGAACAAGCAGGACAAGCAGAAGCGGCACUCGGAGAUCCUCACCGUCGUCUUCACCGUCUACUUUAAGAUCCUGCGUCAACUGCCCCGCUCGGCGCUGAUGUCGUCAGUGCUGGAGGGACUGGCCAAGUUCGCUCACAUGAUCAACGUGGACUUUUUCCACGACCUGGUGGACAGUUUCCACGGCCUGCUGGCCUCGGGCACCCUGCAGACCACGCGUCAGGUGCUGCUCUGCGUGCAGACCGUGUUUGUCAUGCUCUCCGGACAGGGAGAAGCCAUCAACAUCGACCCGCAGCGCUUCUACGGCCACUGCUACCGGGCCCUCAACGACGUCUGUCUAGAGGACACUAGUGACGAGUUCCGGAUCGCGCUCUCCUCCCUGGACGUAAUGCUGAUCCGACGCCGCAAGAAAAUCUCCCCGCAGCGGGUCCUCUCGUUCACCAAGCGGCUGGCGUCGCUGGCUCUGAGGGCGCCCCACCCGGCCGCCGCCGCCGCACUCAUGAUGAUCAGGGCUCUCUCCAUGGUGCACUCGUGUACGAGCCGCCUGCUGGACACGGAGUCGGUGGCCAGCGGUCUGUACCGGCCCGAGGUCGAUGACCCCGAGUACUGCGGCGCCGGCAACACCCUGCUCUACGAGCUCACUGCACUCCGGCGAAGCUACCAUCAGCCGGUGCGCACUCUGGCCGCCCACGUGAUGCUCUCGUGUCCAGUGCAGGGCGACUUCGCGCUGCCGGCCGCCCUUCGUCAGCAGUCUGCGACGGACAUCCUGGACAUGUACAGCACUGCCGAGAUGCGCUUCACGCCGGCCGUCACGCCGCCCUCCAUUGUGAAGAAGCGCUCCCGCAAGGCGCGGCCGGCCGCCGCCGGCGACUCGCAGUGGCUCCUGGACCAGGAGACGGCGGCCGGCAGGGCCUCCGAGGCGCGCGUCGACUUUGCCUCGUGUCUGCGGGCAGAUAGUACCGGAACUGCCUGUGCCGGGGUGUCAGGGAGACCAGAGUGGCCGCCGGGCUGACGGUGUUACGAAUUGUGAAUACAGAUAUUGUGGGAACC